GAAGCUCUUGUGGACAGCCUUGCCAAGCAGAUGGGCGAGGCUUCAAAAGCCUUGGUGGAGAUGUCAACAAAAGCAGUUGGUGGAAGCGCUCUCGAAAACUUGCACCAGAAACUUCUCGCUGCUGAGCGCCGAAUCCAUGCUGUGGAAGUGGACAGCUUGGCGGAUCGCCAAACUCAGGAUCAGCGCGUUGGCAUGCAGCUGGCUGGCGAAAAG